AUGGAUCCACCUCCGCUCCAUGUCAUCUUCCUCCUUUUCAUGGCUCAAGGCCACAUGAUCCCAAUCACAGACAUGGAGAGGCUCUUCGCCCGACGCGGCGUCAAGUCAAGGAUCAUCACCACUCCCCUCAACGCCCGUCUCUUCUCCGGCAAGAUCCGCCGCGACGCCCAAUUGGGUCUUCCAAUCGAAACCCACAUUAUCGAAUUCCCCUGUGCAGAGGCAGGGCUGCCGGAAGGUUGCGAGAACGUCAACGCCAUCAAAUCCCCCGAGCUCACGAUCCCGUUCUUCAAGUCCAUGGUCGUUUUCCAGCGCCCUGUCGAGGAUCUCCUCCGGCAGUGGCGGCCGGAUUGCAUCGUCGCCGACGUCUUCUUCACCUGGGCUACAGAGACCGCCGGCAGACUCUGCAUCCCGAGGCUCUUCUUCAUCGGAACCGGGGCGUUCCCCGUGUCUUUGCUUCACGCCCUCAAACUCCACGAGGCUUGCAGCGGUGAGGAGUUGCGACUGGAGCGCCGGCGUGGCGUGACGAGAGGACCGCCAACGGCGAGCGGCUGCUGUGCUGGGGCAGGUGUUCUCUGCUCUGCUGGCUGGUCUCGACGAGGGAGGAGGUUUGGGAACGGCGACGCAAUAGAUAGGGUUCUCUGCUGGCUGGGCUCGACGAGGGAGGAGCCAAAACGACGCCAUCUUCCUCAAAACCGGUAG